UCCUUACGAAUACGGUCUUACCUUGAUGGAUACCGUGAGCUCCUAGAACACCCUGUUGAGCAAAGGGUUCUGCAUGCUAUGAAGGCAGUUUCGUUUCCGCUCACUUUCUUUUUUUACUUUCUGAUGUGCUUCGUACCUUGACCGCCGUCCCUCCCUCGGGUUUUAGAGCAAAACCCCCCCGCCCUUAUCCGCGAUAUCCUGCUGAGCAGUGAAUAUUAUUAUUCAAUACAAACAGAUCCAACAACAAUGACGGCAAUAGAUCCGAGUAGCGAGACCCGGCAAUCACUCAUGGGCUCCAGCGAUCCCAUUGUAGCGCAUAGUCGUUAUUCAUCGCAACAUGCCUCGAUGUCGUGCGGUCCGGGCCCAGGCGGAGCUGAGAUUGCAGAUGAUUCCGGCCUUGGGCGCGCUGUUGCGAGACGUACAUUGGGUAUCUGUCUGCUUCUAUUUGUCGUCGUCCUGUGGACGGCGUCGAAUUUCCUGGCUAGUACUAUCUUCGCCGACAACACAUACUCGAAACCAUUCUUCCUGACCUAUGUCAACACGUCGCUCUUUAUCCUCCCGUUGAUCCCGAUCAUUACAAAGCGUUUCUGGGAGUUAUGGCGCACAGGCAGACUUUCGCAUAUCAAAUCGAUCCGGUCAUUGCUGGGUGAGCUCGAUUGGCAUGAUACCAAGGAGGAGGAACAUGGUUUCUACCAUGCAGUAGAUGACGACGAGAGAUUGGAAGGGGAGGGCAGUGAUGCUCGCCGUUGGAGUUUGCCGGAUCCAGAUGCCGUGCCUGGUUCCAGAGAGCAGAAUGGGAAGCUCGGCCUGAGGGCGACGGCGAGAUUGAGCUUUGAGUUCUGUCUGCUUUGGUUUAUGGCAAACUAUUUCGCUAUGGCUUGUCUGCAAUACACUACUGUAGGAAGUACCACCAUAUUGACUUCGACAAGCGGUGUCUGGACGCUCAUUUUCGGGGCCGUCAUUGGUGUCGAAAAGGUUACCCUUCGCAAGUUCUUCGGUGUCUUUGCGUCCCUAGUUGGAAUCAUUCUCAUCUCCCGCGUCGACCUGACCUCGUCCGAUGACCCUACUGCGCAGACGCCCAGCGAACCCAACCCGGGGUCAUUCCCGCAUAAAUCCCCAGGGGAGAUUGCUCUAGGGGAUGCAAUGGCAGCAUUCAGUGCGAUUGUAUACGGAAUCUACACGAUCGUGAUGAAAAAGCAGGUUGGCGACGAGUCGCGCGUAAAUAUGCAGCUGUUCUUCGGACUUGUGGGACUCUUCAAUACGUUUCUGCUCUGGCCGGGCUUCAUCAUCCUCCACUUUACAGGAAUCGAACGAUUCGCGUUCCCGGAUACCAAUCGCGUGUGGAUGAUCAUCUUGGUGAACUCCGUGACGUCCCUAACCUCCGACAUAUGUUGGGCCUACGCCAUGCUAUUAACCACACCACUCGUCGUCACCGUCGGUCUGAGCUUGACGAUCCCUCUAUCCCUUGUCGGCCAGAUUAUCCUCCAAGAUCAAUACGCCAGUCCGCUCUACUGGGUUGGCGCUGCUAUCGUUUUCUUAUCUUUCCUUCUCGUGAACCACGAGGCUGGAGAGCAAGCUGCCGAUACAGCAGCCGCUGCUACAACAUAUACCGCGGUUCCGGGAGAAGAUCGAGAAGAUCCAGAAGAUUUUAGAACAUGAGCCCCCCUUUUUUUUUUCUUCUUCUUCUUUUCUUUCCCGACGGCGCACUCGGUCCUUUUGUAUUAUUUUAUGUGCAGCGUGUUUGGCGUUUCUUGUUUGUGACUCCCACGAUACCUAGAACUAGUUAGCUAGCCUUCGUUUCUUUUUGUUGUUUUCUCAGAUCACACAACACAACAGGAGUUUAAAGUUAUCACAAAUUGUUGUUGUUGUUGUUGUUGUUGUUGUUGUUGU